AUGCGGUCGAUGACAAGAGCCUCGACGGUCCUUUCGACCUUAUUCCUCUGUAUAAUUUCCGGAACAAUAGCCAACUCUCUCUCAUCCAAAACAACGGGUAACACAGCGAAUACCCCAACAGCAACCCUAUCAAUAAGCAAUCAAAGCCUAAAGACCAUCUUCGUGGGCCGCUCUCUUCCGGAAUUCAACCAAGAUCUUUUUCUGGGCAUCAAGUAUGCCGACGAGCCAAUACGCUUCACACCAGUCGAGCUCAAGAGCGACUAUGCAUCGAAGGAUAAUGACUCUGGACAUUAUAAUCUAUCACCAGAAGAAGUCGUCAGCGCUACUUCUAACCUGGUAUACUACAAUGCUAUGGAGUACGGCUACGACUGUCCCGCGUAUGGAUCCGAUACCACCGACAUGGUCAACAGUGGUCUUAUCACUUUGAACGAGGACUGCUUUAACUUAAAUAUUAUCCGACCUAAUGCCGACGAGAGUAACGGAUUGCUUCCAGUUGUGAUCUGGAUUUUCGGUGGUGGGUGGGCACAGGGCGCUACUGCGGAUCCGAGAUAUAAUAUGAGCUAUAUCGUUGAACAGAGCGCAUUGAACGGCAAGCCAGUUCUGGGUGUUUCUAUCAACUACCGUCUGGCAGCAUUCGGAUUCCUUGACUCGGAGGAAGUCGAAGGAAACACCAAUCUAGCACUGCGUGACCAGCGCACGGCGAUGCGCUGGGUGAAGAAGAAUAUCAAAGCGUUCGGCGGUGAUCCGAGCAAGAUCACUAUUUGGGGCGAGUCUGCUGGUGCAUAUAGUGUUGGAGCUCAUCUGGUGACCAACAAUGGCGAUAACGAGGGUCUUUUUAGAGCUGCAAUCAUGGAUUCUGGAAAUGCUGUCGGGCCCCCAUACAACGGAACAGAAUGGCACCAGCCAAUGUACGACCGAAUCGUCGAGAGAGCCGGAUGCACCAAUUCAUUGAAUACCCUACAAUGUCUCCGUGAGCUGCCAUACGCAGCUUUAUACAGCAUUGCAAACGAGGGUCUAGAAUGGUUUGCUACUGUCGACGGCUCAUUCAUAACCCAGUAUCCGCAAAUCAACUACAGAGAAGGCACAUUAGCUCAAGUGCCUAUCUUGUUAGGGACAAAUACCGAUGAAGGUACCAGUUUUGGGACGACUGGCACAAACACCGUUGAGGACUGCAUCAAUGAAUUGACUACAUCCAAGCGUUGGAUCCUCAACCGUCCCCAAGCUACCCAGCUGCUGUCCUACUACCCCAACGUCCCCGCCAUUGGCUGCCCCUAUGGCUGGGGAAAUACCACCUGGCCCUCGCUGGGACUCAUGUACAAGCGCUAUGCAUCCAUAGCCGGGGAUGUGACCAUGGUAGCGCCACGGCGCAUGUUAGCCCAUCGAAUGGCCAGCUUGCACGAGGAUGUAUAUUCGUACAGAUGGGAUGUGGCAGCGUUAAAUGGCUCAACAACGAUUGGGGUGCAACAUUUCGCAGAGAUCCCUUUCGUCUUUGCAAAUCCAGUGCAGGCCAUCACACCGCUAGGGUCCGACCCUGAGCGCUUGAAACUGGCCCAAAUGGCAGCGCGGAUGUGGACAUCAUUCGUGGCAGACUUAGAUCCCAAUGGACAUGGUGUGCCGGAUAUUGCCAAAUGGCCCAAGUAUUCGUCCCGAGCGACGAACUUUGUUUUCCGCUUACCCCGAAAUGAGUGUUAUGUCGAGGCUGACAUAUACCGCGUCGAUGGGAUUGAUUAUAUCAACAGCAUCGCGCGGUAA